AUGAAACCGAAAGUGGAGGCUGAACUUGAACGGCUAGAGCGAGAGGGCAUCAUUGAACCGGUCCAGUUUUCUCAAUGGGCCGCCCCAUUAGUACCGGUUAUGAAACCGGACGGAUCCAUCCGGAUCUCCGGUGACUACAAAGUCACAGUGAAUCAAGCGUCAAGAGCGGUUACAUAUCCAAUACCACGCAUAGAGGAAUUGUUCGCGAAACUUGCUGAGGGAGAGUGCUUCACUAAGCUAGAUUUAAGCCACGCUUACCAACAGCUAAUGAUCGACCAGGGAUUGCGGGAUCUCGUCUGCAUCAACACACAUCACGGCCUGUUUCGCUAUACACGGUUGCCCUUUGGUGUGAUCGCCGCCCCAUCAAUCUUCCAGAGAAUCAUGGAAAGUCUUCUUGGAGGAAUUCCUCAUGUCGCGGUCUACCUGGAUGAUAUCUUGGUAACACGAAAGACUCUCGCGGACCAUCUGGACAAUUUGAAGCGUGUCCUCAAUAUCCUUCGCGAUGCCGGAUUACGGUUAAAGAAAGGCAAGUGUGUCUUCUUGAGUCCAGAGGUGGAGUACCUAGGGCAUAAAGUCAGUGCACGAGGGUUAGAACCGACAGAUGAGAAAGUACGCGCAAUCACACAGGCCUCCCAACCGCGUAACGUGACAGAGCUGAAGUCUUUUCUAAAUUCCUUCCAGAGCUCGCAACAAUCCUAG